CAACAACAGCAGUUUGCCUAGAAACAUGUGGGGUGGACACAUGUGGUCGUGCUCAUAAGGAUCUCUAGAUCAUCGCGGCCCUAACAACAAUAACAACACAUGUGGUCGUAUGAAGGAGACAUUUUUUUAAUUUUGAUACACUAGUUCAAUUACAUAUUAAAGAUGGGUGAUUUAUCGGAGGAUUUUGACAAGAAGAAGAGCCACAAUCAGCGGCAUGCAGGGCGAAAGGCGGAGAGAAAGGCAGCUAAAAACAAACAUGUCCAAGAGUUAACAUCACAACAACGCAACCCAAAAGCUUCUGCCUUUCAGUCUGCUGUAAAGGCACAACGGAAAUUUGCAAGGUCUCAAGACAUAAAAUCUAAGAAACAUCACAUCCCAGUUGUUGAUCGGACUCCACUUGAGCCUCCACCUGUCAUUGUGGCUGUGGUGGGUGGACCCAGGGUGGGAAAAUCCACACUUAUGCGAUGUUUGAUAAAGAACUACACCAACCAAAGAUUUUCUGAAAUCACUGGGCCUAUCACAGUUGUUGCUGGCAAGAAGCGGAGAUUGACAUUUAUAGAAGUAAACAAUGAUAUCAAUUGCAUGAUUGACAUUGCUAAGGUUGCUGACAUUGUCCUGAUGCUGAUUGAUGCCACAUUUGGAAUUGAGAUGGAAAUAUUUGAAUUCCUUGAGAUUUGCAGAGCACAUGGGACUCCUCGGGUUAUGGGGGUACUGAAUCACCUGGAUAUGCUUAAAGACAAUAAAUCACUCAAAAAAAGGAAGAAAGCUCUAAAGCACAGGUUUCAAGUUGAACUUUAUCCGGGUGCAAAGCUUUUCUAUCUUUCUGGUCUAAUUCAUGAAGAAUACUUGAAAAAUGAAAUAAAGAAUCUUGGUCGAUUCAUAUCUGUAAUGAAAUUUCGGCCACUUACCUGGCGUACUACUCAUCCUUUUGUAAUUGUUGACCGUUAUGAGGACAUCACAAACCCCGAAACCCUGAGGACAAAUCCCAAGUGUGACCGUGAUGUUGUGCUGUAUGGGUAUGUGCGAGGGAUCCCAUUCCAUCAGUCUCAGCCAGUCCACAUCCCAGGUUGUGGAGACUACAAGCUGAAAGACAUUAGUUUCUUACCUGAUCCAUGUCCACUUCCGGAACACCUGAAGAAGAGAGCAUUGAAUGCAAAGGAGAGGCUCACCUAUGCACCAUUAUCUGGUGUAGGUGGAGUGGUUUAUGAUAAAGAUGCCGUUUACAUAGAUCUUGGAGGAUCACAUCAUGGAAACAAAAAUAAAAAUAUAGUCAAUGAAAGUGAAGAUGAGGAUGAUGUCUUUCAACCUCUACUAGAUCUGCAGAAGACGACAGAUGAGAAGCAAGCCCAAAGCCAGAUCCAGCUUUUCCCUCAGUCCAAAUUUAUUGGAAAUGAUGAUUUUAAUAAAGAACAGGUGGACGGUACAAAUAUAGAUAAGGAUGGCUCUAGUAGAAUUCCUCCAUUUGAAACUGUAAAAGAUAGUACUGGGAGAAUUCGAAGAAGAGCCAUAUUCUCAGAUGGGUUGGAGGAAGAGGAAAGUAAUAAUGAGGAAGACUCUGACAGUGAUGAAAGUAUGAGUGAAGAAGAAUCAGAAGAAGAGACAAGUCAUGAAAUGGAGCCUCCAAGAAAAAAAUCAAAAAGCACUUCACAUGUGCAAGAAGAUACUAAUAAGAACAGUUCUGCAAGUGAUUCUGAAGAUUAUGACUUGGAUGCAGAUUUGAAAGAGGUUCAGAAAAGUCAAACAGGUCAAGACAGUCAAAUCGAAUCCCUUCUUACAAACAGAACUGAACCAUCAGCCCUGCAUAAAACUCCUCUCUUGAAAAACAACAGUAGCUCUUCAGUGACAGCUAAACUCCAAGGACUAUUAGAAAAGAUAAACACAUCAACAUCUCAGCAAGUAAAAUCUAAUGACACUCAUGACAUGUGUGAUGAAAAGGAACUUUCUGAAGAUAAGCCAGAUGAAGAAGAUAAUGAUGAAGACAACACAGAUAGUGAUGAAGAUGUCAAAAUGCAGUACCGCAAGAUGAUGCUCAAACAAGCCUCGUCAGAUUUUUACAAAAGUCAAAGUACUGUUGCAUUUUUACGAAAGUUCAUUUACACGGAUGUAAAAGAUGAAGAGGACAGUAGUAGUGAAGAGGAUGACAAUAACAUUGGAGGUCUAUUCUACAAAGUAUCACAGUCAAAACCCAACAAACAUUUAUCCCAGGCCCCAAUGGACGAAGUUGAUACUAGUCGUUACAUUCCCCCAGCCCUUCGAGAUUGGAGUAAUGAUGAGGUAUUCAACUCCAUCAAAGAUUGCUUUGUAACUGGGGAAUGGAAAGAAAGUGAAAAUGCUCAAACUCUUUUAAAAACUGGGUCAUCAACUUCAAGUGACCAGUUUGAAGGAUAUGAUUCACCUGCAUCACACUCGGCCAGUGCAUCACCCACUUCAUCUGCAACAUCAGCUGAUCAUUCUCCUGAACAGGCACAAGAUAGAAAUACAUUGAUAAACUUUGUUUAUCCACAGCCUGAAUUUCGCAUUGCUGCUAAUGGAGUUGUAUUGGAAGCAGACCAGAGUUGUAAGAUAGUGAAGAAACUCAAGUUGAUGGGCACUCCAGAGAAAAUUCUAAAGAAGACUGCUUUCAUAAAAGACAUGUUUCAUUCAGAUACUGAAAUUGCCAAGUUUGAAGGAGCAAAAAUUGAAACUCAAUCUGGUAUUCGAGGUAUCAUCAAGAAAUUUCAAGGAGACAGAGGACACUUCCGUGCUACUUUUGAAGAUGUAAUCAAAAUGAGUGAUGUGAUAAUUCUGAAGACAUGGGUGCCUCUAGAGAUGGCAAGGCACUGCUUUCCUGUCCGCACAUUGUUACUUCCACCCAGUGAGAAGGCAGCUUGGCAGGGCAUGAAGACAGUGGCCCAAGUGAAAAAGAGCAAAGGGAUAAAAAAUCUAGCUAAUCCUGAUUCCUUGUAUACUCCUAUCACUAAGCGCCGUGAGUAUGUACCACUUCCACUGAAGAUUCCCAGAGAACUUCAGAAAGCUCUACCAUAUAGUGAUAAGCCAAAGAUCACUCCAAAAGCUGCUAAAGAACAAAGAGUCAUAGUUGUAAAAGAUCCCAAGGAAAUAGAGAUGGAUAGUUUCAUGAAGCGGUUGAAGACAAUGAUGGAAGACAAGAUUCAAAGGGAAGAGAAAGAGAAAGAAGAGAGUAGAAAGAAGUUCAAGAAAGAUAUUGGUGAGCGUGAACAUAUGCGUCAAGUUAGAGAAAAACGAAAGAAGGCUGCAGCUUGCAGAAUUAAGAGUAAAAAGUAUGGGAAGAAAGACAUUGUUUAAGUAGUAUAUUUUUGUACAUGCACAUGCAUACCUGACUGACAUCCACUGAAAAGAGGGAAUAUCUGAAGCAAGAUGCCCAUCCUUGCAUAUGCAAUCACAAUCACCUCAAGUAUUCUUGUACAUGAAAGCUGCAAGACCUCUAAGAGGGAAAGACCAUUCCUCAUUGUUCACACUGUGUGGUCAUUUGCACAUCAUAAAGACUGGGAUCAGGGCUCAACAGUAGAAUUGAUGUAGUCAUACUUAACCAUAACAGAUGUCAAUGGAAUGAAUCCAUGAUCUAAGUGUAAUUAUUUUGAUCAUGAAGUAUGCAGUGAUGGGUAUGAAAGCUGCAGGUUUGGAUGAUUGUGCUGUUUAAAGAGUGGCAAACGACUCUUGUAGUGUGGUAGAUG